AUGGCGGAGAGCGGGGACCUGGACUUGGGACAGCUGUCAACAAGUCAGCAAGAGGCUCUGCAGCAAUACACGAGUGUCACGAAUCAAGACCUCAAGGAUGCGAUACCGCUACUACAGCGAUCGCAAUGGAACGUUCAGAUCGCCAUCGCCAAGUUCUUUGACGGUGAAGGCCCCGACCCAGUCGCAGAGGCUAUGGCACAGGACAUCCCCCGUACAACAGCACGGCAUGAGAACCUCCAAGAAAGCCUGCAUGCCUCAGCAGGUCGACCGCAAGCCCCCCGACGAGACCGGCCCGACCCUGCGCCGCGAAUCGUUCCCCGGCCGAAUACCAUCCACAGGCCACCUUUUCUGAUCGGGCUGCUGCUGGCGCCCUUCAGCAUCGGGUACAGCAUUGCAUCCAAGAUCUUUCGUACGGUUUUUUACCUCCUCAACUUCCUUCCGAGGCAGAUCCGGCCACGGGCCAUCACGAGUGGGCCAGGAACUGGGUUAAGGAGCACCAAUGGGCGCCGCAUGCUGAUGCCUCGGGAUACUGCUGCGCGAUUCAAACGUGAGUUUGAAGAAGAGUAUGGAAACACGGAGCUGCCGUGGUUUGAGGGGGGCAUUGCUCAGGCGCAAGACCUGGCCAAAAAGGAACUCAAGUUUUUGCUUGUGGUCCUUAUGUCACCCGAGCACGACGAUACGGAAUCCUUCACGAGAGAGACUCUUUUGGCCCCAGAUGUAAUCAGCUUCAUCAACGAUCCGGCGAACAACAUUAUUCUGUGGGGCGGCAACAUCCUGGACUCGGAAGCGUACCAGGUUGCUCAAGAAUACAACUGCACGAAGUACCCGUUCUCGGCGAUCGUGUGCCUCACGCCCAAAGAAGGGAGCACCAGAAUGAGUAUCAUCAAGCGCUUGGCUGGGCCCAUGCCCGCUUCCACGUAUCUUUCGGAAGCACAGGCCGCCAUUAACAAAUAUGCGCUGGACUUGGCGGGUGUUCGAGCGGAAAGAAUAGCGCAGGAAGUGACGCGGAGCCUCCGGAACGAACAGGAUUCAGCCUACGAACGUUCACUUGCCAAGGAUAGAGAAAGAGCACGACAACGUCGUGAGGCGGAAAAGGCUGCGGCGGAGGCUGCGCGGAAAGCCGAGGAAGAGGCCGAGGCUGCCGCAAGACGCGAAGAACAGCGCGAGAAGUGGAAGCGCUGGCGGGCGACAACAAUGGAGGACGAGCCUCCGGUGACCAGCAAGGAUGUUGUCCGGAUUGCGCUGAAGAUGCCCGAGUCAUCCGGCGCCGGGAGAAUUGUGCGCCGGUUCCGGAACGAUACUACGAUGGAGUCACUAUAUGCGUUCGUGGAAUGCUACGACGUGUUGACAGCAUCUGAAGAGGUUGCCGAGAAGGCGCCAACCCAGCCCGAAGGCUAUGAGCACGAGUAUCAGUUCCGCAUCGCAUCUGUCAUGCCCCGGGUUGUGUACGAGCCCAGCAAGGAGGAGACGAUGGCGCAGAAGAUUGGGCGGUCAGGAAAUCUGAUCGUGGAAGACGUGUCGGCCGAUGACGAGUCAGAUGAAGGGGAUGAUUACUCGUCUUGA